CCGGAAAUGCUACUUCAGCUUGUACAUUGUCGCUAGAUGGUGGAUAUAUUGCACCGCCUCGGGUGUGCUGUGGUGUAGAUGCGAUGGAUAGGAACAACGCGGUGAAACUUUUUGUGGGUAAUCUUGCGUUGGACACCUCCCAAGAGGAUCUGAUGACUUUAUUUGCUCCAUAUGGCCAAGUUGUAGGCUGUAGUGUUCUUAGGCAGUUUGCCUUUGUGCAUCUGCAGGGAGAUGGGGCGGCAGACCGCGCAAUACGCGAUUUAAAUGGCCGUGAGUUCAAAGGCCGAAACCUAGUGGUGGAGGAAUCGCGAGGGAGACCCCUAAAUUCAACCAAGGUGUUUGUGGGCAACCUGAGCGCCAUGUGCACUGCGGAGGACCUACAGGAACUUUUCCAGACCUUCGGCAAAGUAAUAGAAUGCGACAAAGUUAAAGCCAGACUGUCAUCGUCAGCAGGCUAUGCCUUUGUUCAUAUGGAGCGCAGGGAAGAUGCUCUGACUGCCAUCGAAGCUCUCCAUGGAACGACAUAUAAGGGACGCCCACUCUCUGUGGAGCUCUCCAAGAUCCAGCCCAGCAAGCCAGUUACUACCUGCAUGAUCCCCUGUGUCACCUGUGGAAAGCUGGGCCACUAUGCAGGUGACUGCCCAGCCGGGAAGGCCUCCAUGGAGCACCACCAGAGUCAGGCUGCUGUUCUGGCGGCGGCGGCAGCAGCUGCAGCUGGCCUUCCCCUCCAGGUGCAGCAGAGUGUGCACAACUCUUUCUACAACACCACAAGCUUCGAUCCGACGUUAACGGCUUUGAAGAACCUGACGAGCGGCACCAGCGAUGGCAAGCCGGUCAGCGCGGCCGUCUACGGAGCCCUUGCCAGCCAGGUGUAUGGGUCGGUCGCAGAUCAGGUCUUAGUGGAAGACCAAAACGACGCCACAGAUGGCUACAGCAGUCAGUACAAUCCGGCAGUAGCAAAAGCUCCAACCGCUGCUGCUGUAGACAACCCAGCGUACAACGCCACCCCUGCCCUCCACAGCGCCGCUACAGCCCAUGGUGCAGACUCCACUGCCCAGGCUAUCUUUGAAGCAGCGCGUGCACGUUUUUUUGAACAAGGUCAACAGGUUCUUGCGGAGCAGCAGGCCGUCGCGAAACCGCCAGAAAGGGACCGCAGUCGUAGCCCAGUGCGACGCAAUGCCCCCCUCUUACCCGAUCCAGUUCCAAAACCUUUUGCAACACAACCGCAACAGCUGCAGCAGCAGCAACAGCAGCAGCAGCGAGCCGCACGGCGUGCCCUCCUUCCUACACCACCAGGUGGGCCAGAGGAAGCUCCAUGUGUAGAUGAGGACCCAAUCACCAGGUGCUACGCCGAGUACUACCAGCAGUGCCAGCAGUACCAACAGUAUCAGCAGUAUCAGAUGUACCAGCAGUACCAGCAGUACACCUACCCGCCGCCGCCGCCUCCCAUGCCCGUCGCCCCUGUGCAGCAACCAAUGAUGAACCCCAUGAUGGAUGUCCAGCAGCACUACAUGGUGCCUGGCGCUGCCACCUCACCUAGCGUGUAUGAGCCGCCGCCAUCACACAAGGAGCCCCUCCUCCGCCGUCCUGACUACUCCCACUUACACACACCAGAACCCCCUUACCGAUAGGUCUUAUCACAUCAGCUGUGUGUGUGUGAGCGAGUGAGUGUGUGAGUGGGGUACAAAUGCUGAAUAUUUGUCACUGGUCCUGUAUAAGAGCAGUGUAUGUGGCUUUGAGUUGUAUGGGGAAGUGAGAGUUGAAUAUUGGUAAUGACAUCCUUAAAAAAAAAAAAUCCAUGGAGUCCUAAAGGUCAGACGAACUAAACUUCUAUGGUGGAUAUCUACCAUCACAGUGGGCCGCCCUCUUGCUGUCUAGACCCAUCUGGUUGUUUAGUUUGACCAGAUGAACUUUUGCCUGAGGAUUGUGGUUUGGAGUUGAAUUUGGUUUAUUUGAUUACCAUUGACUUUCAAUACACAUGGCCAGAAAUAUCCACUGAAUGUGCCUUCUAAAUAAUGUGACAAGUGUCUGUACCAUUGCUUACUAAACCAUCGUACAGAUAUUACUGAGGACUCCAAAGGAGAUUUAGGGUUGUCUGCUGUAGGUGUGAGCUAGACUUUGGCUUUUGCUCCUCAUUGUAGACAUUUUUGUUUCUAGUUUUAGAACCAAGAUUUUUUUUUUGAGUAUUUGAACGAUUCAUGUUAAAGGACAGUACAGGUAUGAGGGAUGCUUAGUGAAGGACCUGUGUAUGUACGUGGUGGUGUGAGUGUGUGUGCCAGACCAUUUGACAGGGAACACUUGGGAUAUCAUCCCCAGCGUAGGUUGCAAACAGGACGGUGUCGCACACUUACAUACUGUAGUCGCUUUGUCCAAUUGUCUUUAUUGGGGUCGGAAAAAGCUUCUGGGGUCAGGCGUAGUUAACUGCAUCACAUCAACAAACCCACUGCCAUUUUCAUUGAAGCCUCUGCUUCCUACCUACACAAACUUGCUUCAUACACACAAUUCAGCACAUUCCCUUCCAGUGCAGACUUCAUGGUCUGCACAUCCCUUUAAACAAACCAAACCUCUGUUUUUUUUUUUUCCCGAUCACCAUUGCUAAGGGGCGAAACACACCUCUAGAGGGGAUCAAUCUAUUGGACAUGCCUUGAGGGGGAGGACUAAUUUUAUCAGGCAUCCGUUUGCAUAAUGUUUUUUUCUGACUUCUAUACUUCCUAUACUCUGCGUGAUGCAAAGAGUGUAACGUCAUAGCUGUCAAAUGGUUAAAGAGCAGAGCUGUCCAUGCUUACUGCUGGUGAGCAUGUCUUCAUCUUCUGCACCCUGGUCAACAUGUCUGAAAAGAGCAGGAUGUUUUGAAGUUUUAUUUUUCUUUCUCAUGUCAUUCUUUCUUAGUUGGGAGGCCUUACGUAAACCACUGUCAAUAUGUCCUGUUUUCAUUUUUAUUACUUCAAUUUGACUCUCACCAUCACACAUGUCACAGCGUCAUCUGAGCUGUAUUAUCCCAUCUUUUUUUCUCCCAAAUAUAAAGAAUAGAAACGUGUUUAGCCGUUGUGGCUGACACUAAACGUCACAGUAAAAAUUUGGUUUUUAGAAUAAAGGACAAUGAAGUGCUUAAAAUAAAUGAUAUGUACCUUGUGCCCAUUGGCAUAAUAUUCUAAUUAAAACAUCAUACCUUACCAUAAAACAUCAAGCCCAAAGUUAUUGUUUCCAGCAAUGUCCACUGCAAAUAGGUUGAAUAGACAGGAGUCUUUUGGAAUGAUCUCAAGUCUGUGGUAUGAUCUACACAGUUGAGCACAACAAUGCAUUUAGGAGAGUUCCAUCUUUACAGAUGGGUCCUCUGUCAUAUGAAUUGUAAUAGGCAAGUGUAGAAAGGUAUGCAAGAUUGUCAUAACAUGUGACUAUAACGUUUUACUGCUUAUAAGGAUAUCUCAAAGCCAUAACUAGUCACAUGCAAUGACAAUGUUUUUGUUGAAAGCAAUUCCUGUAAGGUCUUAGUUGGCCUCACACUGAACCCCCAAAGCAUGAGAACUUAAAAACAACGCAGUUACUGACCGGCAUGAAUUGAAAACGUCAACAAGUACUGAAAUGUCAGUUGGCUUCAUCCUAUUUAGUCCUGCCGUCUUGUCUGGGUGAGGGUGGAAGUGGGAGUGGAGGGUGGCGGUGGCGUAGCUCUACACACAGCACCAGGCCUACACACAUGUAAACCUGUAUGUCGCUGCUGCUGUGUCUGUGAUGUGUUCAUUCUGUAGUGCAUGACUGUUACUUUUACUGCUCUUCCAGCCACGUUCUCCCUUUUCGCUAACUACAGCUAAAAUGGCUGCUGGGCCCAUGGAUGCCAUGUUGAGUGUGACCGGGGGGAAGAGAAUUAGUCGCACAGUGCCACGGACGCACUCCCCGCAAAGGUAAAGCCCGCUGCCCCCCAACCACGCCUGCACUUUGACCACACACCUCCCCUUAUUGAUCCCAACCCCUCCUGUUGGAAGGCUCUGCCCACUGAGGCAGGCCCGCUUUAUGUUUGCAGAGUUGAUCCAUAAUGCUGGAGGCCAAGAAAAACUGCCACAGAAACCUCCCCACCACACAAGGACCCGAGAGGUGCGUAAGACCGCCACACAUACAAAGAGCUAUGUAGUCGGCCGUACCUCAACAAAAAACAUAACCUAGGGGAAUCCUGGCAUGGCAACCUAGGACGACCGUGUCAAGGUCCGCUACCUUUUCCGUGUCCAUCAGACAUAUACACAGUGUCUUAUCCUCCAUGACAUCUGACCAAGGUCUCUUAAGCCUUCUGAGAACACAAUGUCUGUAAGCAAGACGCAUUCACAUGAAAACAUUACAUAUGAUAAUGGGUCCAUUUUGUUUCUCCCAAAUGUAGUGUGAAUCACUUCAUUCAAAUGAAAGGCUGAAUACGUUCAUGUCAGUGCAAGCACGAUUGUUGCUGUCUUAACCUUAAGACUGACCCUAAAAGUCGAAAAGAAAAGAAACACACCGAACCAUAUAGAUUGGGAAUGCAGAAAUUGUUGCCUUGGCUUGUUGUGUGGCAUUUGGUGUUUUUUGAAGUGUUUCCAGUAAGGCGAGAGACGAGACGUGCACUCAAAACUGAGAUGCUGCGGCCCGCUCUGUGAAGGGAGAGCUCUGCUCUAAGGACUCAAAGAGGGUGGUAAGCCACAAAACACACAAGAAUGCAGGUAGGGCAUUGCACCUGCAGUCCAUGCACACAUGGUAGGUGAGUAACCACACACACACACACCCACAAACACACCAGCUCGGUCCCUGCCUCCCCAUCAGCCAAAUAUACCCUCCCUCCAUAGUCUCAAGGUCCCACCAUCCCCAAUCAUGGGGCUGCUGCCAACACAACAGAUGCCCAAACCUGACUUUCAGGAGAUUUCAGCAGACUGGUUAGUGCUUCAAGAAAAAUAAUAAUUGGAUUACCUUUAUAUUGGAUGUGAAGCAAAGUACCCCCCAUCAGGAUUGGGCAUCUUUUAUACAGACUUCAAACUGAAGUGGUCCAUGGACCCCUUUAGAGUCCUUCCUGAAUAUGAAUAUAUUUUGUGGUUUCUUUUCUCUUUUUUAUGUUUGAGUUUUAAGCUGUAAAGUUGCAAGUCAGUUUGCAUUUCAUGUGACUUCUUAAAGAACACACUUGCAUUUCGUGAUAUCUUUAUUUUGCUAAUGGAUCAAAAUCUGACAAGUUGAAAUUGUAUGAAUGAUUUAAGAUAACAGCAAAAUAUUAAGUCCAGCCCACCUCCCCAUACCCUCCCUCAUUAGAUGGACUUUUUCUAAUUGUUGGGGUGUUUCAUAGUGUCUCUGGUGAAAUGGGCUCCUCUAAAGCUUCGGGUAGCCUUAAAUACUUUGUACUUUGUUCUUUGUAAGACUCAAUAAAUGAUACGUAAAGGCA